GUAAAUGAACGAUGCAAAACUAUCAGCAGACUAAACUUUCGUGUUUUGCAGUGACAGAGUGUAAGACCAGAUGGAGGUCAACGAAGGAUAGAUUUAGAAAAGAGAAGCGAAAGGAAAUAGAGGCUACGAGGAGUGGGGCAGCAGCGCGGGGAUACAGGGCGUGGAAGUUUAUGGAGAUACUGAAGUUACUGGAUGAACAUGUUGACUUUAGAACAACGUCUUCAGAUGUUGACGAAGACGUCACCCUCGUGGGGCUUGAAGAUGCAGAUAACAUGCAAAUAAAUGGCGAAGCCGAAGACCUAUCACGUGCGGACACCAGUUGGAUGACAUCAGCAUCAGAAAGUGUUGAUGCUAAAAAGUUUGCAAUAAGCCUGGUAGAUACUCUAUGCAGGCUACCAGUUCAACGGUUUCAACUGGCGAAAGUUAGAAUCCACGAGCUAUUGUAUAAUAUUGAAUUUGGGGAAAUAUAAAAAUAUUUGAAAACAUUUGUUCGAACUAUUUGUAGU